CGAAAAGAAAAUGAAGAGAAAAAGAAAACUUCUAUUAUGUGGGAACUAGGAAGUUAGUUCCAAUUGGUGCAAGAUCUCUUGCACUCCCUCCAAAAAUGGGACAGCUUCAGUUGCAGCAACUGUCAUUAGUGAAACCUAGUUACUCAUCUACAUGCGUACCCAUGGCUUCUCAUAUUAGACCUUUCUCCAUGUCUCUUCCAAAAACUAACUUCCCUGCUUAUCCUCCUUGUUUGCUUCCUUCUUUUCCUGCCCUUCACUCUCGCUUCGUGUGCAAAAUGAGCGGCUCAGAUAUGAUAAGGCCGCUUGAACUUGAUAAGCCAGAAGGGAGAAGGAAACCACAGAAGCAAGCAAAUGGGAUCUUCUGGAUUAUACUUCUCAAUCUUGGAAUAUAUGUUGCUGAUCACUUUUUUCAGGUCCGUGGCAUCAAAUCUCUAUACUUGUAUCACAAUCGGCCUACUUGGUACCAGUUUAUCUCAGCAACAUUCUGCCAUGCUAGCUGGGAACAUCUUUCAAGCAACCUUUUUUUCUUGUAUAUUUUUGGGAAACUUGUGGAGGAAGAGGAAGGAAACUUUGCAUUGUGGCUUUCGUAUAUCCUUACUGGUGUUGGCGCAAAUCUUGUUUCAUGGUUAGUUUUACCGAGGAAUGCAGUUUCUGUUGGAGCUUCCGGUGCUGUUUUUGGAUUAUUUGCAAUUAGUGUCCUUGUAAAGAUAACAUGGGAUUGGAGAAAGAUUCUUGAAGUGCUUAUAUUGGGUCAAUUUGUUAUAGAAAAGGUAAUGGAGGCAGCACAAGCUUCAGCAGCAUUAUCAGGAACUUUUCGGGGAGGCUACCCUAUGCAGAGUGUCAAUCAUAUUGCUCAUCUAUCUGGUGCUCUUAUUGGUGUGGUUCUGGUAUGGCUUGUCAGCAGAAUUCCUGCUCCACCAGACCAUGAAGCGUCAAAGUUGCAGGGAAAUUCAGGCAAAACUUGAGCAACUUCCAGUUCCAUGUAUAUUAUGUGUACAUAAAAUGGGGGAUUCCGUUACAUUAUUUUGUGAUGAUUUACAUUGGCUGGACAUACAUCUAUUUAUGGGUAGAUUUGUAAGUGAUGGCAUUUGAGUCUUAUACUUGUGUUGCGAGGCAUAACCAGGGAUUCAUCAUGGUAAUAAGCAGAAUAUGAGGCUACAGACCUUUUAGCUGCGCA